UCGGCGACGUCAUCUCCCGGCGCCGCCCACACAGGGACACGUCAUCACCGGUCGCCGCUGGGCCCGAACUGUGGGAGAGAGAGAAGGCCGUAGCGAUGGCUCAGCUCAGCUCCCUGGUUGCCGUGGCAGCCGCCAUCAUUGCCGCCAUGGUCUUCUCCUCCGUACACAAGGUGGAGGAGGGUCACAUCGCCGUCUACUACAGGGGAGGAGCGCUGCUGAAGUCCACGAGCGGCCCAGGCUUCCACCUGAUGAUCCCGUUUAUCACCACCUUCAAAGCUGUGCAGACCACCCUGCAGACCGAUGACGUGAAAAACGUCCCGUGUGGCACGAGUGGCGGCGUAAUAAUCUACUUCGAUCGGAUUGAAGUGGUGAAUUUCCUCAUUCCAUCUGCAGUGUACGACAUCGUGAGGAACUUCACGGCCGACUAUGACAGGGCGCUGAUCUUCAACAAGAUCCACCACGAGCUCAACCAGUUCUGCAGCGUGCACACAAUGCAGGAGGUGUACAUACAACUCUUCGAUCGGAUUGAUGAGGACCUGAAGUUGGCUCUGCAGCAGGACCUGACCAGCAUGGCGCCCGGACUCAUCAUUCACGCGGUGCGUGUGACCAAGCCAAACAUCCCAGAAGCCAUCCGCAGAAAUUACGAACUGAUGGAGAGUGAAAAGACCAAACUGCUGAUCGCAGCUCAGAAGCAGAAGGUGGUGGAGAAGGAGGCCGAGACAGAGAGGAAGAAAGCUCUAAUAGAGGCUGAGAAGAUUGCACAAGUGGCUGAAAUUAAGUUUGCCCAGAUGAUAAUGGAGAAGGAAACCGAGAAACGGAUUUCUGAGAUUGAAGACGGUGCAUACCUGGCCCGGGAGAAGGCCCGCGCUGAUGCAGACUUCUACACGGCAAAGAGAGUGUCCGAGUCCAACCGGCUGAAGCUGAGUCCAGAAUACUUGCAACUGCUCCGGUACCGGGCCAUCGCGUCCAACAGCAAGAUUUAUUUUGGGAAGGACAUCCCCAAGAUGUUCCUGGACCUGAGCGCCUUCGCACCGGGCAGCACGGACAAGUCUCCGGGAGACGCCGCCUCGGGCCCCGAGCUCACCAGCAAGAUGAAGGAGCUGGACGACGGGCUGUGAGGAAGCGGUGGGUGCAGAGCGGCUCAAGUCAAAAUCACUGUCAAACCAGCACCGAGGCACUUCAGCCCACCUCACUCUGGGAGUGGCCUCUCUUUAUCCGCAAUUACGUUGUACAUUACAGGAAAUCCCAGCCUCUGACGGUGCAGGAACUGUGGACCAAAUCUGCAAGGGAGCUGCGUGAAUAAUGUGUCUGUAACUUAGAAUCAGGUAGCAGCGGGGGUGAGUGUGUGGGGAGGGGGGGGGGGUGGAAUGAGAUGUGGAUGGCACCACGUUCAAUACAUGAUCUGGACAAGCCAGGUGUUGCUGUGUGCUGGUAUUGAGAACCGCUGUGCUGCCCUGGUGCAACCAGCCACCACUUUGUGGGGACUUCGAGCUCUCGGGAGGUUUGGUGAACCUUUGUUGGAGUUAGGCCUUUUCAAGCAUGGGAUGGUAUUUUACAUUUGAGAAUAUUUCCUGCGUGACCCAUUGGCCAUGUGGAGUGUGAAGACCCAGCUCCUGAUACCCCCCUCGGCAUGAAGUAGCUCGGACCAGCAUCGCCCAUGGCAAGGUGCAAGGAAUGGGAGAAGGCCAACCCCAUCAAUACAGCAGCUUCCCCUCAUCCCCAGGCUAGGCCAGGCCACAGUGACCUCAGUGACCUUCCCCCCUGCCCCCUCUCGACCAGGCCCUUACUCCAUCCUAGUGACCAACCUCGCCACACCAUGCCACCCCACGCAACGAGGCACCGGUCAUGCAUAAAAUGCCACGCUAGUAACCCACACCCUGUGCCAUGCGAUGGUGUGGAUGCAGCUAGCUGCUGGAUUGCUGCUGCAUGGGUGUUGCAGAGCAGUGCAGUCAUCUCCCUGCACCAGCCGCAUGCUCCUGCCACCCGGGGUCUGCUGCCCACUUGGCAGAGGGGUCCGAUGUCCACAAGGGGGAUCAGAGAGGAGACAUCACCCAUGCCUGGACUGAAGGCCAGCCAGCUAGGGGUCAGUGGCUUCAUCGCUGUGGCUUGAGUUGGUCUCACUUGCACCCAAUACAAAUGGGUAGUGCAGAUUGCCAGGGCACAGAUGGCAGACUGUGGUCUGUGGAGUUUGGUCCAGGUACACCUCUCAACCCCAAUGUACUUGGCCGGUUCUGGAGGACCAGUCGGAGUUUACCCACGCGCGCUGCCUGUUGCCAUCACAGCUGUGUACUGCAGACCGCCCAAACCCCUGACCAUCCGUGCCCUUGUGUGUAAACCAGCUCCUGCAGUUCCUUGUUUCCACAUCUCCACUUUAGCGCACAAGGCCCGUGGAUUGGACUUUCUCAUUCACAGUCUCAUCAGUGCCAGCUCAGCACCUGGAUUCCAACUGCUGACCCUUCGGCCCCUCUAGCCCUGCCGGUCACUGAGAGGAAAGGGCGAUAGGUUUCUCGCAGAGAGUUGGCGGUCUGGCUCAGUGUCCCUGCUGCUGGCCUCUCCCGCUCUCACCCCUUCCCCGGCCCCUUCUCCCACACACCACCCCCCCUGGUGCUGACCCUGGUCCUGACCCUGCCCCUCUUUGCCUGGCAUUAAGAAGGUGCUCACACAAAAUGCUGGAGUAACUCAGCGGGUGAGGCAGCAUCUAUGCUAACAAGCAAUGGGAGACCCUUGGGUCUCGACCGGAAACGUCACCCAUUCCUUCUCUCCAUAGAUGCUACCCCACCCGCUGAUUACUCCAGCAUUUUGUGUCUACCUUCGAUUUUAUCCAGCAACUGCAGUUCUUUCACACACAUUAAGAAGGUGCUGUCUGCUGCCACCCCACCCCUCACCCAUCACGCCUGCCCCACCUUCCAACAAAGGGUCUUCCACCAGAAACAUUGACUGCUUCUCUCUCCACAGAUGCUGCCUGACCCGCUGAGUGCUUCCUGCAUCCUCUGGUUUUUAUUUCAGAUUAGCAGCCUCGGACCCUGCGUCUCGUUGCCCUGUGUAGGGAGGCAGUGGGAGAUACCUGCUCAGAUGGUCAUCCCGGGCCUGGUUUGCUUGCCUCUCUGCACCCCAAAAAACAAUGACGUCUCGCUCCACUUGCAAUAAUUCUUGCACUAAAGGGAGCUGAUGAGAUUCGGCAGGGACACCCCACAAGGAAGGGUGUUCUAUUUUUCAGUUUGGCUCUUCCCUGUGCCGUGACAAUAAUUGGAUGUAACUUGAGUGUGGACACACACUUUAUCUUAGGUGGUAGUCUGUCUUGUCUGUGAAAUCUUUUUCAUUUUAAUCGUUCCUGUGUUCAGAGUGGUGAAUUGAUUUUGGAGAUUAUUUUCUGUGAAUCGUGAUAUGUUUGUUUUUCAGUGUCCUGUUAUCAUGCAAUAAACAGGAGUACCAGA